AUGUAAUAUCUAGAAAAACUGAAAUCGUUUGCUAAUUGCUCUCUUCAAAAUGAAGUGAGUAAAAAAGAUGAAAUAUAGAAAUCUAAAAAAAAGGAGAUUCCAUCUCAAUUUUAAAUUUGGAGGUUUUAUUUAAAAUUCAUGAAGAUUGACUGGAGAGGAUUUUUCAUAGUUAACUUAAAUUUUAUUAUUUGCUCACUUAUUUUAGCUUAUGAACCCUUCUUAAUGAUAGAACUCAAAUAAAGUUUGUAGGAAUAGAAUUAUUCUUAAGUCAAAUAUCUCCUUUUUUGUUACAUUGUAUGCUAAAUAAUAGAAUAAAUUUUACACUAUUAAGAAUUGUAAUACUAUUUUAAUACAAACGAUAUAGCUAGAUAAAGAAUAUAAAAAUCAAUUUUAGAGCAUUUAUUUAGUCUAGACAUCUAAUUCUUUGAGGAUAAUAAGGUUACAUAUCUUUCAAAUAUUGUAUAAGAAGGAGCAGAAUAGAUCACAUCUGAAAUAUCUUAUGGAAAGUUUACCAAAAUUUUUAACUAGUAUACUGAAAUAAUUAGUCAACUUAUUUUUGUUUAUUGCUAGAGUCCUUAAAUAUUUUUGUUUGUUUCUGUUAUUGCAAUAAUUGGUGCUAUCAUUAAUUAUUUUAUUAACAUAAAAAAACAAAAAUCUGAAAAGAAUACUGAUUUCUAAAACGAAUACAAAGUCUUUGCUUUGGAUGAUAUUAUUACAAAUAUUCAUUUAAUUAAAAUAUUUAACAAAGAACAAAAUGAAAUUGAAAAUCUGACAAAAAUAAUAAAUGAUAACAGCAAAAAUCAAAACUAAAUUGAGUAUUUAAAGUAACUCAAAUAUUUAAUAAGAAACUUUUGUUUUCAUGCUAUGAAAUUAGGAAUCAUUUUGCUUUUAGUAAUUUCUGGUCUUGAAGAUUCUUAAAAUAAAAGCAUAAUUAUUAACAGUCUUGCAGAGAUUUUAGUUUAUGUUUACAGUGCAAUCUUACUUUCAAAAGAUAUUUCUAAGGUAAUUAUCAGCAAACCUGCUAAAUAUUACCAUAAAAAAUAUAAAUAUAUUGGAAAGGUUAUGAGGCUCUUCGAAAUAAAACCUAAAAUAAAAGAUAAUAAUAUAAGUAGCGAGAAAAAUUAACCUAUUUAAUAUUUAAAAGGAAGUAUAAAGUUUGAAAAUGUAAAUUUUAAAUAUCCAAUUACAACAGAUUCACUUUUCAAGUAAAAGCAAAUUGAUAAAUAGGAUUCUGAAGUUGAUUAUGAUAGUUCAGAAUCUGAAUCUUCUCUUUAAGAUUGUAACUAAGAAUUAGAUAGCCAUAGUUCCUUGGAUGGUUUUGAUUCUUAAAACUCACUAGAUUAAACCUAAUUAAAAGAUAAAUAUAAACUCUAGCGAAAAUACGUUUUAUAAAACAUCAAUUUUGAAAUAAAACCAGGUUAAUUAGUAGCUUUUGUUGGAAUGAGUGGAAGUGGAAAAUCAACUCUAGUAAAACUAAUUGAAAGAUACUAUGAUGUUGAAGAAGGUGUUAUAAUGUUGGAUGAUAAAAACAUCAAAGAUAUUCCUUUAAACUACUUAAGAGGCAGCAUUGGGUUAGUUAAUUAAGAACCUUCUCUCUUUGAUAAUGAUAUAGAAUACAACAUUACAUAUGGAUGUUAAGAUGGUAAAUAUACUUAAGAGGAAUUAAGAUAAAUUUGUGAUGUUAGUGGAGUGAGUGAAUUUGUCUUUGAUGAAUAAAGAUUUCCUGAAGGCCUAAAAACUCUAGUAGGGUCUAAAGGCAUUAAAUUGAGUGGCGGAUAAAAGCAAAGAAUAGCAAUAGCAAGAGCUCUGAUGAAAAAGCCAAGUAUUUUAAUAUUAGAUGAAGCCACAAGCUCUUUAGAUGCUUAAAGUGAGCAUUUAGUACAAAAAUAUAUAGACUAACUCAUGGGUUACAGAGGAAUCACAAUUAUAGUGAUAGCUCAUAGACUUAGCACUAUAGUAAAAAGCGAUGUAAUUUAUGUAAUGGAAAAUGGUGAAAUAAAAGAGUAUGGAAAUCAUUCAUAACUUAUAGCUUAAAAUGGAGUCUAUAAAAGACUAGUAUACCAUCAAAUUUAAAUUCAUAACUCAUGA